AUGGUCCGAGUUACGGCUUCGUUUGUGGUUCUUGGAAGUUUCAUUUCAACAGUUUUGGCUGUUAUGAAUGCGUUUUUUCUCAAAAAACAAUUUUAUCCGUCAGUUGUUUAUCUUACAAAAAGUUCAACUUCGAUGACGGUCCUUUACUUUCAAGCGGCCGUUUUUAGUUAUUUAAUUUUCUCUGUUGUUCGUUGGAUUUUCUUUGGUCAGUUGAGGCCUGCUGAAGUGGAACGUGCUCAAGAACGGGUUUGGCACGCAAUUAUGGAGACUUGUUUGGCUUUUACUGUUUUUCGUGAUGACUUUUCGCCAAAGUUCGUUGUCCAGUUUGUUGUGUUAUUCUUUGUUAAAGCUUUUCAUUGGCUUUCUGAGGAUCGUGUUGAUUAUAUGGAAAGAAGUCCAAUUAUAACUCUUCUGUUUCACGCUCGUAUUCUCGGAAUAAUUUCUCUUCUUGGCGCCAUUGACUCUUACUUUAUCUCUCACGCUUUCUUCACGACAUUAAUGCGCGGGGCUAGUGCACAAAUUGUUUUUGGAUUUGAAUAUGCUGUUUUACUUACAAUGGUUGCACACAUAACUAUCAAUUAUUUACUUCAUUUACAUGAUUUGCGUUCGCCACAUCCUUGGGAAAUGAAGGCAGUUUAUAUGUUAUAUGUAGAAUUAUUCACAAGUUUCCUUCGUUGUGUCCUUUAUUUGGCUUUUGCGGUUGUGAUGAUGAAAAUCCACACUUUUCCAUUAUUUGCUAUCCGUCCAUUCUAUUUGACAGUCAAAUCAUUCCGCAAAGCAGUUAAUGACGUAAUUCUCUCACGACGUGCAAUUAAUGCAAUGAAUAAUCUUUUCCCAUUGGCUACAGCUCAAGAUCUUGCUGAAAACGACAAUACUUGUAUAAUUUGCCGUGAAGAGAUGACUGUAGAAAGUGGAGUUAAAAAGUUACCUUGCAAUCAUAUUUUCCAUCCAAAUUGUCUUCGUUCUUGGUUUCAGCGUCAACAGACUUGUCCAACUUGCAGAACUGAUGUUUUAGCAGCUACUCGACGGUCUAAUGGCCUUUUGCCUGGUCAACAACCUCAGCAACAGCCUGGAGUUAUGAAUGGAAUGCCAGCGAAUAUGUUUCAGGCACCUUUUCACUUCCAAUUUCAGUUUGGUGGGCCGCAGCAGCAAAGACCACAGCAACCUCCACCCCCUUUCGUUCAACAUCAGCAGAUGCCACCAUUUAUGCCUUUUGGGUUUCCAAUAUUUCCUCCUCAAAUGUUUCCUCCGAUGCAGCAACAACAGCAACAGCAACAACAUCCUGUUCAACAGCAAGCGGAAACACAAGGAAAUGGAGCUGCUGGUGGAAGGUCAGUUCCAGGAACUUCAAAUGGACCUUCCUCGUCUACUGCUUCCAUUUCACAACAAAAUGAUGCCAACUUUCAACAAUUACCUCAUUCGUCUGGUACUUCUUCACAGCAAAAUAAUCAACAAUCUCAACCAACUCCUCCUUUCUUCAAUCCUUUUAUGAUGCCUCCUUUCCCAUUUUUGCCACCUUUGCAGCCAUUCCCGCAACCUCCGACUCUUUCUGGUUUAAACGAUGUUGAACUUGCUGCAAUGGAGGGUACAGAGAGAAGAGCAGUUGAAGCUCGAAUACAAACUUUAAGAAAUAUCCAAGUUCUUUUGGAUGCAGCAAUGUUGCAAUUUCAACAAUAUUUAACCGCAUUUUCUACUACUGGAGCUAAUCCAAUUCCUACAACUGAUAAUGGGACCUCAACAAAUGGAGAAAGUAGUUCUAAUGGUUCUGGUUGUGCUAAUGAAUGUCCUCCUUCUUCCUCAUUGGGCAAAGAGAAAAUUGGGGAAACGAGUCAAACGAAAGAAGAGACAACAAUUACGCCAGAGGCACUCAACCAAGAAUUGUAA